GUUCCCCAUAAGAAUUCGAUUCCAUCUAAACGCUCGCCGAGCUACUGCGCCGUCGAGUUUGAGAGUAAGAGAGGAACGAUCGGGUUUAACAAAUAUCAUGAGCACAUUGUGGAAACCCUGGGGAGACAUCCUGAAGGUGGAACCGACAGAUCCAGCGAUCAUGAAGAGUCUGGACAGCAGCUUGGACGACUUUGACAAGCUAUCCGACUUCAGUCCCAACUUACUUAUCAUGAAGAAGAAGAAUCCCCUGAUGAAUUCUUGCAUGAAGUGCCAUAAUAAUAACAACAAGAGUUUCCUGCUGCUCGAUGGACGGGAGAAUCUGCAGGUUCCUGAUGUAGAAGAAUUUCUGAAAAAGUUAAACUGUACGGAAAACAACAUUAAAGUCAAAGUUGUAUCGAUAUUUGGAAAUACAGGUGAUGGGAAGAGCCAUACUAUGAAUCAAGUAUUUUUCAAGGGCGAGGAAGUAUUUCAAACCUCCAAUGAGCAAAAUUGUUGUACAUUAGGAGUCUGGGUAGCAUUUGAUCCAAUUCUCAAUGUCAUCUGCUUGGAUACGGAAGGUUUACAAGGUAUUACUUGUUAUGAACAUGAACGGACGAGAUUGUUAUUGAAGGUACUCGCAGUCUCUGAUAUUGUGGUUUAUGGAAUCCAUUCCGAAAGAUUAAACAGGGAUUUGUUUACAUUUUUGGGCGCUGCGUCACGUGCUUAUAGUCACCAUUUUAAAGCCACUUUACAAAUGAUAGGGCAGAAAGAAGGAAUCUCUACCUCGUUGAGCACGCUUGGACCAAGUGUUAUAGUGCUGCACGAAACUAAACACACCAUACCUUUGAUCAACAAUGAAUCGGAAAGUGCGGAAGAUAUUCUGAAAGCUAAAUUCGCGCAGAUGAGCCUCGAGAUUGACGCUUUUAACUCUAUCAAAUAUAUCGGUUUGCAAAUGGUAAACGACACGACGGAUUACGAACAAUUGCGAUCCGCGAUUGAGAGCGAAUUGAACAACACAACAGUUCGCUCAGCCAGAAAACCGCACCUGGUGUAUAAUACACUUAAGAAUCUGAACAAUCAGCUAUCUAAUGAAAUAGAAAAUGUUUCUAAUACUUUAUUCCCAGAUCAGUAUUUUACUUGUCCUAUUAAAUGUCUAAGUUGUAAUAAUGGCUGUAACAACAGUAUGGGACAUCUUAAUGAAGGAAAACCACACAGUAGUAAUACUAAGUGCAAAUUCCAGUGUCAGUAUGAAAAUUCAAUAUACAUAUGUAAAAGAUGUUACAAGAACGGAAACGAAAUUGAGGUGAGCAGGCAAUAUUACGAGGACAAUCAGAACAGCUGGUACAGUUUCGCUAAAAAUGCUUGGUCAGGAUACAUCAUAAACUGUUCACAUUGUGGGGAAAUAUACAAAAGCAGACAGUAUUGGUAUGGUAAUAAUGCAGAGGAUGUUGCCAUACGCAAAAAGAUUACUCACGUGUGGAAUACGUCAAAUCGUUCUAUAGCUACUCAAAACACAGCACAACGAGUUAUCGAUAGCGUUUCAUACAUCACUGAAGCCAUGACGAAUGUCUCUUUGCAACCGGCGAAAGCGCUGAAAGCCUGGGCCGCGGAUCAAGUGGCACCGUCUUAUUGGCGAUCGAACAAUGAGAUAAAAUACUGCUAUCAGUGUAAAAUUCCAUUCAGUCCAACGGAUGACAAACAUCAUUGUCGCGAUUGUGGAGAGGGCUUUUGCGCACAAUGCUCGUCAAAAACAAAAUGUGUACCCAACAGAAACUGGUACUCGCCCGUUCGUGUUUGUGACACGUGCUAUGAGAAAGAGACAAAUUGUUCCAGCGAUGAAUCCCUCGAACCUGUAGAAGAUGUCGGUGUGCGAAAAGUGACAGAGCACGUGAUGUCGACUCUUAAUGCCGUUGGAACAGUAUUCAGUUAUUCCAAAUCUUUUAUAAAAGAUUCCGUUCGACCAUCUUAUUGGAUACCGGAUUCGGAGGUGAUUAGCUGUUGUGUCUGCGAACGGAAAUUUUCCGCCGUACUUUCUUUACAUCACUGUAGAGCUUGCGGACGUGGCGUGUGUCAGGAAUGUUCGCAACAUCGUAAACCUGUACCUCACCGAGGAUGGGAUCAUCCUGUUAGGGUAUGCAACGCUUGCGUUUGAAAUCGUUUGGACAUAUAUCUUUUAAAGAAAACAGAGUCGAAAAAUACAGAAAUUUUGGAAAAAGAAAAUAUUCAUUUGAAAUGAAAUAAACUUACUUAUUUCACAUAAUACUUGCAAGAUAAACAGAAGUUGUACUGAAACUUAAUUGUGAAUGUAGAAAAUCUUAGAUUUGUAUAGCCAAAUCGCGCAGUUGACCGUAAUUUUUUAAAC